CGACCUGCGACCACCUCAUCCCACAAAGACUCCCCUGCCGCUGUUAAGGAAGCCCCAUUCCUGAAUCCUCGGCAUUCUAGGUGAAGAAGACAUGACUGCGAACGAUCGUGUUGAAGCGCUCAAGGCCUCGUGUCCUAUCCUGCGACUCUCUCAAGACAUAAUGCAAAACAUCCUACGCUAUCUUACGACUGGUGAUAUCUUCGCUGUCUGUCGCUGCUCCAGCCACUUCUACGAUGCGGGCAGGCGUGUUCUAUACGAGGCUCCCAAGACUACGGGUUACGAACGCACUCAAGAGUUUAUGAUCCAACUCGACAAGCAACCUCAUCUCGCGCGCUGGGUUGCCACACUAGAGCUCAACCCCACCGGCGGCGACUCGUGUUCUCCUUUCUUUCUGCUCCUUUGUUCCAAGGUCAUCAAGAUGAUGGACAACAUUGUCGAGCUCAAUCUGACCGGUGCCCCCUAUCUGCCCGCCGUUAUGGGCCCUCACACCUUUCCGAAGCUGACACGAUGCGGCGUCACUGAAAUUGAGUCUGCAAUUCCCUUUUUGGAGGCCAACGCCGACAACAUACUCGAGCUGCAUCUUAUAGAUCAAGGGGGCUUACCCGACAUCAACCGCAAGAUCAACUUCACACGCCUCUUUCGUGCUGUCAUCCCGCUGAGUCUUGCGCCCUAUGUGCUUCCUGGCACCUCACCCGUCAGAGUCGAGCUCACCGUCACCUCCGACCACAACAAACGCGCGCUGGAGCUCCGCAACUUCCAACAGCUCGCUGGCGUCCCCAUACUCAGCCUCAAGGUUACAUCCGAGCGUCUCAAAAGCGACAUCAUCGCCCCCAUAGCGCGGUAUGCAUCGCGCGAGCUUCAAGAACUGGAGAUCGAGACCGCCCGCCCGCACACCACUGCCCAGCGCAGGCGCUUCUUCGAUGCGCUCGAGAUCCACGUUGCGCUCAUGAGGAACCUGCACGCUGUCAAGGUUCCUGGGACAUCGGGCACUGCGAGGCUGCCCACUAUUGCGGACCUGGACGAGAUGGAGAACGUUUGCAACAGGCUCAGCAAGCGCUGCCCGACGCUUCAAUGCGUGUAUCCCGGCUUUGACCUUUACUGGCGGCCUUACGGUGUCGCUUGGUUCCCUAUAACUCCUGAAGCUGACUACGAGAGAUACUCUCACCUGAUCGGGCUCUGGGGCUUGCGCAAAGUAGCGAAUAACCCCUCUAUCUGGGGCCCGAUGAGGCAGACUGCGUUGCGCGAGCAUGGCACGGGAAUAACCGACUUCGAGGAAGCAAACGGCAUCACCGACGUGAAUGAGAUUCCACGAGUACUAGGGGGUUGGUCGGAGGAUCUUGAGGCUGAUGAGGGAGGUGCCGGGCGAGUAUAGCUUUGAGUACGCAUAGCUUACAUCAGGCGUGUGGAAAGGCAGGCAGAACUAUGGCUGUAUCUGGUUCGGACAAUGCCAAUCAAAGUCACGAAGCGUGUGAUUGAGGGCGAUAUAAUGUCAC